CUGAUAAUCAUCAUCAACAUGCGUCUUACAGCAUCUCUCUCUCUGGCCCUCUUGCAAGGCGCUGCUGCAUCCCUGUGUGGAUCAGCGGGCAACACCUACGAAUGCCAAUAUGAGCCUCCCUACAAGAACAUGCAUUAUCCUCCUGCUCUGCCGGCAGCCCACUUCAACGGCACCGCCAAAGUGAACGGGAUUGACCUCUGGUAUGCCACUUUCGGCGUGCCCCUGGAGAAGACCAAGGCGGCUGGUGCUGCGCCGGUGCUCUUCAUCCACGGCAACGAGGCCAACAGCCAGUACUUCUCCCACCAGAUCAAGGCUUUGCAGAACUUGAACUACAGUUUCAUCACCAUGGACUCUCGCGGCCAGGGCCGAUCCGGCGACGACGUCAGCAAGAACAUCACCUACGACCUCAUGACUAAGGACGUCAUCGGGCUGAUGGACCACCUCGACAUCGACCAGGUCCAGGUCAUCGGCUGGUCGGACGGUGGCAUCAUCGGGCUCGACAUGGCCAUGAACUACACCAGCCGUCUGGAUCGCCUCUUCUCCUUCGGUGGCUCGUACAACGUCAACAACGGGUACAACACCACCGGAGAUACCAGCUCUCUUGAACCCGUGGAAGGCUGGAUCAAAGCCGACUUCAAGCGCAUGUCGCCCACCAAUCUCACCUAUGACCAGUUCGACGCCCGUAUGACCAAUCUGGUCCUGACUGAGCCGACCUGGGGCAAGGCUGCUUUCGACCGUAUCCCGACUCUCUACGAGGAUCCUUCUGCACCAUUGAUCUGGAUUGUUGAUGGAGAUUCUGAAGAGCUCUUGAACCGGAAUACCGCUCCUACUAUGCACAGCUGGGUGAGUCUUACACCUUUACAUCAUAUAUGUGUCUUAUUAACGUCUUCAGAUCAACGGUUCCUCCCUCGUUAUUCUUCCCUCUGUUAGCCACUUUGCGUAAGUAUUUUCCCUUCACUAUUGGACCAUUCAUUAACACAAUGCAGAUUCCUCCAGGAUCCGGACACUUUCAAUGCUGUGGUCAAGCGAUUCUUGGAAACUACCAAAUAGAUAGUGUCAGCGAAAUGAGUACUCCCAGCUGUGGCAUCUCAGUCUGAUGGCAAAACAAGGGUGUCUUAUCUGAUGAGCGCCCCAUUAACUUGUAUAAUUAUUUAAAUCAUAAUAGAUUACAAGAAAUAAUAGAGAUCGUCAUUUUGACAGCCAG